AUGUUCUGGGUUCUGUGGCGCACCGGAGCCGCCAACCUUUUCAACAGCAUCAACGGCAACCAGCGCGCCAACAAAACGGGGUCGACCUACAGCAGCAACUCAGACAGGAGCCACUCGCGUCCGCCGCGCAAAGCGUACGGACGGCUGAGCAGCGAGUCGGACGAUGCUCAGGCGCCUCGUACCGACUACGUGCCAGCGCCGGUCGCUCAGCUGAUCGACCUGGACGGGACGACCACGCCGGACACCAACUGCGAUCGGUACUGUGGCGACGGCGAGGGCAACGGCAACGACGGCUACCUGAUCACGCCCGGCAGCAGCUUCGCCUGCGACUCCAUCUCCAACAACAGCGCCAACAACAACCAGUGUGACGACUACAACAACGCCGAGCAGUACCACCAGUCGGGAGGGUUACAGCUGGCCCACCGCAUCAUCUCGGUCGGGGUCUUCAACUCGGUCAACUGCGAGGGGCUCGAAGACCCGCCGAGUAACGUUGUUGCUGCUGACGUGAACCGGAACCACACGGACUCCUGCUCCGUGGCCGACCUCGAGCUCGACUCCGGCUCGACGCUACCCCGGUUGCAGGCGAUGGCUUGCUCCGACGACGACGAUUACGGGAUCGACAGUGCGAUCAACCGAACGCUGCACGAACAGUAA